AAGUGCAUGCAGCUCUCAGUCAUUCAUCUCUUGGAGAGUGGAGAGGAAACUACAGCACAAAGAGAAAACCAAGAUAAAAAAUAAAGUUCUGCGAUCAGUUUCUCAAUUAAGACUUUUUUUCUCAUCACCAUUUAUUUUUGCAACCAAAAGAACUGAGCUGCAGAUAUUUCACUUUGCUCCUUCCGCUCUCAGUGGAGAUAUUCCCACUUCUCUCUCCUGCAGCAGAGGACAAUUUUCUGUUUGUGAAAACUGAGAAAAUUUACAAGCGCCAAAACUGUGCCUGCUUUUGAGACAAUCUGUGCAUCAGAAGGCAGAGUCGUAACUUGAAUGCCUUGGACAGAGAGAGUGGAGCCCUUCUUUGCUGUGUGUGUGAAAGGACUGGCUGGGUCUUUUUGAGGAGGUGGAGGAGGAGGUGACCUCAGGAGGACAGCACCACGAUCGGGGUGCUCUGGGAAAAAGCUCCGGGAAGAGGAGGAGGAGGAGGGCGCGUCGUGCUGGGGAAGAGCAUCCUCCCAGCCUCUUUGCCACCCUCAGGCACACACCCUUAAGACAGCAGGAGUUCAGUAAUCUUAUAAAAUUAACUGGAGAGGAGAGAGUAACUCCCUGUUGUACAAUAAAGUGAGUUUAAUUAAAAUAUAAAAACUAAUAAAAAGCACAUCAACUCAAAUUUCACAGACAUAUAGACACAUUUAUAAAUCAUACAUAAACACAGACAACCAGGACGCCCCGGCUCACCGCUGCAGAAUGGAUCUCGCACCAAUCAGAGGUUUAUCUGAUGUGCCUUGAGCACCGGGAGCUCUUUGCCCCAGACCCGGCUUCCAACCCUGGUGCCAUCCAGCUGGCUGACCAGGAUGGACUCUACUCAUUCCUUCAGGAUGGAGCUGGACUCAGUGCUGUCGCUUGACCAGAUACGUGCCAUUCGGGCCAACAAUGACUAUGUGGAGAAGCCCGUGGCACUGGAACCUGCAACACAGUCUGGAUUUUUUUUGGUCCACGAUGACCGUUACCCUCACGGUGCAUACAUCCAUCACCCUCAGCCUUCCUUCCCCUCAGCCAUGUCCCGCAGCCAAAGUCAACAGCAGCACACUCAUCUUUCCCAUUUGAGCCGUUCCAGUACCAUAAGCUCUUCUAUGUCACGAACAAGUGCCACCUCAGACCAGCGGCUCCUGGCAGGUUUGACACCAUCUCACUCUGGCUUAGGUUCAGUGGUCCAUUCGCAGCCUAAAGGGGACCUGAAGCCUGAUUCUUUGGGUAAACGCCUGGCGGAAGAUGAGGCUGAGCUCAGUCUCCAUCAGUUCAUCUGCGAGCGGUGUGGUCGCUGUAAAUGCCAAGAGUGCUGCACCCCGCGCCGCCUGCCUUCUUGCUGGGCCUGUGGACAACGCUGUCUGUGUUCUGCUGAGAAUGCCGUGGAGUAUGGCACAUGCUUGUGCUGUGUCAAAGGUUUAUUCUAUCACUGCUCUGCCCAGGAUGAUGAAGAUAACUGUGCUGACCAGCCAUGUUCAUGUGCUCCAGCCCACGCCUGUGCCCGCUGGAGCACAAUGGGACUGCUGGCGCUAUGUCUGCCCUGCCUUUGCUGCUACCCCCCUGCCAGGCUGUGCCUUGCUCUGUGCCGGUGUGCCCACGACCGGGCUACGCGGCCCGGCUGCAGGUGCAGCAACACCAACACUGUGUGCCGCAAGAUUUCCAAUUCCAACCCUAAUCCUUGCCAUCCCUCGCUCCGCAGCAAAGCUCUGGAGAAACCGUUAUGACAGGCUUGAAUGAGGGCCAAGUAAAUGAAUUUCCCCUCAGAUGUGGCCAAAAGCAAUGCUGUCGCCAGUCAACGGUCCCUCAGUUGACAUCAUGACGACAGUGCCAUUGUGACCCAACUACCUACCUAUGACAAGCCAACCAAUCACCCACCCAACCAAACAACCAAGUUGUUCACCUAACGUACCUUUAUUUCUCCAACUCAGGAGGGACCAAAGCUUUAAUGUGCCUGCUUAUGUUGGAGAAUUAAUGCCUGUGUUGAAGAAUAAGAAGCUGUUGUGCUUUGCUGGACUGACACUUAAACCUUAACCAAGACACCUAGACAAAAAACAAGGCAAAACAAAAAAACAUGGUGCAAUCUGGGCAUGUUAAAAUGUAUUUAUUUAUUAUUGAACCUCCUCCCUUCUCAACCCUUUGCCACUCUCUGUGCUAAUUCUUUGCAAAGGAAUAGAUCAGAAAGGAAAGAAGCCUGCAUAUGGACUUUGCAAACAGGUUCUGACCUGAACAGAAGAAGUGUGAGAGACGGAGGUUAAAACUACAACGAGAUUCAGAACUUUGAAAAAACGUUAAAGAUGAACGAGGAAACCAGUGUUGUACUGAGGUGAACGUCUUACUGAGACUCAGCAAAGCACCAAGCUAUAAAGUGAGAUCAAAGACACCUGUAGCAACAGUUUGACACCAAAAAGGGACCAUUCACUGUACAAACUGUGUGAAUUUCAAUGUUAUUAAGCUCAUUUGUAAACGAAAAGCACUGUGAGGUAGAUGGACAAUGUUUUCCCUGUGAGCCUAGAGCUCAUUGGGGGAUUAUUUAACCAGAGGGAGGAUGCAUCUAUUGUGAGGCAGCGUGCGUGCGUGUCCGUCUGUGUGUGUCCUCCUACUGUGCAACAACCUGUGUAUGAGCCUGUGUGUUUGUUGUUUUAUCAGCAGAAGAAGCCUGCCUUGUGUUAUUUUUAGCAGUCCUGCUUCGCUGGAGCUCUGAGGGUCUGGUCGGGUUUCCUCCUGAAGCCAGCCUGUCGCCAACCUCCCUCGCUCCCUCAUCUGACCCACCUCUUUCACAAUCCUCUCCUCCACUACUACACAUUACCACCCCCCACCCCACCCAUCAGUUCGCUUCCCAUUCUGAAAUCAAAUGCCAUUUCUGAACUUCCAGAUGAUCCAAAUGCUUGGAGGGUUCUGAAAACCAUAUUCUAAAUGAACCAUCUAUCUAUAUAAUCCAUUAAGUGUUUUAGCAUUUAAAAACAAAUUCUUGAGUUAACAUGGGGAGACAUUGCGUCCUAUAACCUUAAAUAAAAAGCAGUUGACUACUUGGCUGAAGAAAAGGACACGCAAGGAAGGUAAAGAAGGUAAAAAGAAGGUAAAAAAUUUAAUAGUGCUAGAGGGGUCUUAAAGGUUGAUAUACUAAUGAAUCCUCAUCCUAGGGUAUCAAAUGCUGUGCUUUUGCCAGAAGCUGCUGUUGCACAGAUAUGCACAAGGGUUGCUUUGGUCCCAGUGCCUUUACGCACCUUUGGAGGUCACACUCAAUGCUGAGAAUAAGGGCCGCUUAUUAACCAGGAGUUUGUCAGCCAGGAGACAGCAUGUUCUGAUCUUCAGUCUGGGGCUUUGCACUUUGUUUGAUUGGUGCAAUUUCCACUCACUUUGUUCUUUCACUUCCUGGUUAGGAGUGGUUAGGUUUGAAAAUACCCCUUGAAAAAACAGCCUCACCUGGAGUACUGAGGCCAGCGUUCAUGUGAAGACAGGAUGUAUGAUAGGAGUACCACCAAAGCAAACAUUGUACAUAUGUACGAGAUACCAAUGGCUUUGACAAAAUAGCAGUAUUUGACUCCCUAGAGCUGGACGUGAGCUUGGAUCACAAUUUCAUUUUCUGUUACUGAAAUUGGAUAGAAAAUUUCAUUAGUUCCCACCUUCCUGGACAAAACUUCAAAAAAUAACGGUUAGUUACAGGUAAAGGCAAAAGGUCUAAAACUGAUCCAAACAGCACUAAAAAUGACCCAACCAUCAAAAGCAGCCGACACAAGGCACAUUACACACCCAUACUGCAUUGUAUAUCCCUACUGUCUCGUCCGCCUCUCCUCUUAAGCUCAGACGGCUAAAAGCCUUGAGUUCCAGGUCCAUGGAGAGUUCAUCAAACAGGCAAUUAGCUUCAUGAUAGCUCUUAAUGGCCUGGAGAAGAAUGGAGCGUGGGAGGGAGGGAAGAGAGAGGACAGGAUGAGUAGAGUUGUGGUGUUUGGCAAACAGACAGAAUGGUGAGGAGGGAUGCUAAGAGGAAAGAAAAGGAGUCUUUCGAUGAAGGGAAAGUAACAGAGGAUGUUGAUGGGUCCAUGAGGUCAUUUGGAAACCACGAAUACUCAGUAAAAGCAGUGUAGAUUUAAAUUUCUGGUUUUCGUUUGGUUUUUUUUAGUUUUUUCAGGACUUCAGGUGUUGAUGCAAAACAUUAAUGGAACACAUUUAGAGGAGGAUCAAAAUCAGUUAAAAAAACACACACAAAGUAUGCAUGUAUGUUUGCUGGUGUGUAUAAGCAUGUACAGGUUUUUAAGCGUGUGUGUUCAUGUUUGGAUGCAUCUGGGCGUGCGUGUGCGUGUGUGUGUGCGUGUGUGUGUGUGUGUGUGUGUGUGUGUGUGUGUGUGUGUCAGGAAGUGACCUAAGCACAGACACACAUUGACCUGAUAUGUUAAAUGUUCCUUUGUUAUAUUUUUAUAUGUAAAUAUGGGCUGUUAAGUGUAAAACUAUUUUUAUUCUGCUUUAUUUUGUUUGUAUGAGAUUGAUAUUAUGGCUAUAUUUCAUUAUUGUGAACUUGUAGCUAUUAAGAGUCCACAUUCAGGAACUUUUAGGGCAACUGACUGCAAUGCAAAAUUACUCCUCAUUAACAUUUUUAAAAAUUAUUAACAUUAUUGGAUUUCAAAGGGGUUAUUUAACAAUCCAGAUAGAUGUAUAGAACCAGUGCAAUUACAGUUACAUACAUUAGUCACUGCUGCACAAAAUGGUUCUAUACAAUUAAAAAAAAUAAAGACUCUCAAAGAAAGAGCUUCUAACAAUGAACCUCUUGAGGAGGUUGAGGUUGAGGAAUUUUUGCAAAUUUCUGAAGCAGACAAUCCAAAUCAUGUAUCAGGGUUAGGAGACAAUCAUUCAUGCAAUCUGUGAAUGUUUUCAAGUAGCAGCUGUUAUUACUGUCACAAAAGGAAAGUGAGGCAGUGGGUUGCAAACAGGCGAAGGCUGAUAAUGACUUUAUGACAGAACAAGUAACCAUUUCUAACAUUAGAUGUGCUAACAACAUUUUAUAGUUUAGACUGGAGGAAACUGAAGACUUGUCGGGGGUUUGCUACUGAACUACUGCUAAUAGGGUGCCUUGGAGCUAAAGGAGUAAAUUUAAAGGGGACCUAUUAUGCUAAUUCCUUAGAUUUUACCAACUUUGCAUGAAUGACAGUUUAAAAUAAUCCUUAUUUAUCUUACACUGGGCUGUGGUAACUGAAAGUCUUCAACUUUCUUCUGAAUGGCUGUCCGUUACAAACAAAAGACUUGGAUAGAAGGAGGGUGGGGCUUUGGUGACCAUACUGACAUCAUGCAGAGCCAAGAGUAAAAUAAAUUGUAGUGAAAGUUUGGAGGAGUCUGAAGCCUAUGCUUUAGGCCUAUAAGGAUUAUGCAACAGAAAUGUGUAACAUGUCCUCUUUAAAUAUCUUCGGGCCUUCACCAAUGCAUUGUGCAUUCUAAGGAAGUGCAAAUGUUGCCCUAAAUGUUUCUGGUCUCGUCACAGGUUCCACUUUGAUAGAUGGAUUGGCAACUGUGGAGGACACACUCAGUUUAAAUAUGACCUUUUCCCUCAUUGUUUUUUAAUAUUCCACCUUUUUCCACGGUUAUUACUGUUCAAAGUAUUGGCAUCCAAAAAAAAAACAAGAAAAACAACAGUCUAAGUAUUUGAUAUCCGUUAAGCAAAUCACCAGGGUUAACAUGUCCACCUUAAUGCUAAUGAAUCUGAAAAGUUACCCAACAUCGCAACUGCCAGUUUUAGCUUCUUAAUGAAAAGAUAUUAGAAAUUGCUUGAAAAAUGGCAGUGUCAUGAAAGUGAGCUUUUCAAGGAAAUGUUUGAUAGCUGGCGUAUUUUACCUUGCAUGCAUCUCUGUGAACAACAAUGCUUCAACGGCAACAGAAAAUCCUGACUGAAAACAAUAGUGUGAGUGUAAAACUUUCAAAAUGGAAACAUUUUCAUAUUCAGCUGCAUCACUGUGGACAUGGUUUCUGAUGGGUUUCCACACAGAUGCGCACAUUGUCUCCUUUAACCCUGGCUGAGCGACUUCAGUCAGAUCUUUGGUGCUUGUGAAGAUGACUUGGGGAACAUUUAUUUCUAUCUGGAUUGUUUUUUCUAUCUGAGCGGGAUGAUAUUGCACAUGUUUUUUAGCCAACUGUAUUUCAUCUGUGUUCAGAGUAGCUUUAAUAUCUUUGCAGUGACAACUAUCCAAUCAUAAUCUCUACAGUAUGCAGUCUUUUGUAUGUACAACAGAUACACACAGAGGCAUAAGCAAUGCAUUGUGGGUGGGGUAUGAGU